AUGGACGAUCCUGGUCAGAAACCUACUAUUAGCCCAAAGCUAAAAGCUUUCUAUUUAGUUUUUACUUUUCUUUAUUUUGCUAUUAUACCUUUGAAAAUUGCAGUGAUGUCCAUCCAUGAUUGAUAUAAACAAGGAAAAGAUGAAACCAAAUGAGAAGGGUCACUUUUUGAAAUUUAUAAUUCUGGAGGACUCUACUUACUUAAUUUAAUAUCACGUUUAACGUCUCCCACGGGGUAGGCAUUCCGGGCCCACCGCCACCUCUUGCCAAGUAGGGAUCUGAAAGCACAGCCUCCAGGUACAACCGCUUAGCACACCACGCACCUCCAGAUGACGUCGCCGACUUCGAGGCUCAUGAAUGAGCUACUUGCACUUGAACAUGGGCAGCCUGCUCAGAAAAUCCAAAAAAUGAACUCUCGGCAAAAAGGAAAAGCACGUAGCCUGGGAUGUAACACCCAGUUUCACACUAGGGAGAUACCCAAUUUGUUCUAAGGACGCUGCUGAGCUUCCCCUUUCUAACUUCCGUGCCUUCUUUCCCAUGAGGAAAAAGCCAUCCCUGAGAUUAGACUUGGGCUAGACUCUGUACACCACCAGAAUUGCUUACCUAGAUUGCUGUCCAUCUCUGGCAUGGUAAAACCUUGCAGAUAUAAUUAAAUAUGUGCUCGAAGGAAAGUCGGCGAAGCCGACCGCGAAGCGCUGAGACGCUAUAUUUAAUUAUCAUGGAGGACUCUACAAAGAAGAAUCUUAUGCUUGGCUUUCAAACCACUACUGUGAAAUAAGUGGCAACUAUAGUUCUAACGCCAGCUCUACUUUUACGAAUUUAUAUGGUGGAGGAGUUACCUUUGUUGUGUUUAGCUGCUUAGAAAUGAUAUUUGUGCUUGUAUUUGCAGUAUUCGGAAUAGCCUCAACGUGCCGAAAGAAUAGCUGCUUUUUGUGUUUGAGAGUACUUUUUUCAGUUUUAGCACCCUUAGCUGGUCUUCUUGCUUUUGCAUUAAUGGCAGGAACAGCUGUAAUAACAUAUUCAGACGCAUGCGACUCAACAUCGAGCUAUUUAUCUUCCCAAACCAGCACUUGUGCAUUGACUGGGCCACAAUUUGAUUUAUUCAACUUUUUAUAUAUCGUGGCUUUAUCCAUUUCAUUUUGAAUUUGCCUUUGUAUUUUGAAUUGUGAGGAGUCAAAAAGUGUUGAAAGCAUUAGUAGCCAACCUCAUGAAGGUGAAAAUCAUCACCAAGACCAAGAGCAAGACCAACUUACAACUAGAACUUUUCCUUUAACUGUCAUUGGACCACCUCAAAACGAAGAAGGUAUAGUGGUUGGAAUUCCAUAUAAGGAUGUUUAG